GUUCCCUCUCAGUGGAGUGUAUUUCCGAUUCAUGCUUUGAUAUUUAGUCUGCCUCUCUAUGCGCCCAUGCAUGCUUCACUAUGAUCUUGUUGUCUCACAAAGACAUGUUCGUCUGCCACUGACAGUUUCCUUUUCCUGUACAUUUAACUGUCAAACCACCACAGAAUGCUUUUCAAGAGCUUGUUCUUGAUACUUUCAUUGCAGACAUUACUUGAAGGGGUGGAUGUCUAGACUGGAUGAACAUGGCAAGUGGAGGAAACACUGGUUUGUUCUGGGUGAUACUUCGCUAAGGUACUACAGAGACUCAGAGGCUGAGGAGUCAGAUGAUCUGGAUGGAGAGAUCAACCUGACAUCCUGUGUGAAUGUGUCAGACUGCGACGUAGAGAAGAACUAUGGACUCCAAAUACAUACAAAGAGAGCAGUGUUCACUCUCUCUGCUAUGACCUCCAGAAUACGGCGGAACUGGGUGAAGUUACUGAAGCAGGCGAUCCACAACAACAGGCACCAAUCAGACACCGGCAGCGAGAAAGAGAACCCCUUUUCGCGGAGACCGUCGUCAUGCCAACCCCCAGCUCGGUUCACCUGCAAGGACUCCGGCUAUGAACCUGCCACUUCCACCUCUACCACCACAGCUACACACUCCCAUCAGGCCGACCAUCACUUCCACCAAACUGCAGACGGGCACCCGGACUCAGACUUGUCUCCAACCAGUCAGAGAGAAGAAGGGGAGGGCUGGGACCGUGAGCAAGCGAAGCGAUUGGAGGAGAGGAACAAGUGGUUUGAGGAGGGGUUUCCCUUCAGUGAGAUGGGCAGCAGGUGGGACUCCAUGGAGCUGAAAAAGGGGAGUGUACCUGUGCCUGUUAUUGAAAGCAUGGACUCAGAGGUCAACAGGAAGUGGGUAGAAUUCGAGACGCUGUCAUUUAGGGACAUGAGUGCGCAAACUCUCAUUGGAGCCCAGGCUUAUCAGUCAAGCACCCCACAGGCAUCACAGUCUCUAGGUAACUCCCAGACUUAUCAGUCGAGCCCAGAGGAGACUGAGCACUCUGUCACUGGUUCACAGGUCGAUUUAAGAAGCCCGAAAGGGGCUCUUCCAUCUAUAAACGGUGUCCAAACCAUUCAAACAAAUACAGCUGAAGCUCUUCAAAAGGAGGCCCUUGCUCUUCGAAAGCAAGUGGAGAGCAUCAAGAGAGAGCGUGCAGCUAUGGGGAUAGAGGUGGACAGCCCCUGUGGCCCCAAUGCCCCCUGUAGAGCCAGACUGGAAGCCAUGGAAGAAGCCCAUCGGAAAGCACUGCAGGAGCUGCAAGAGAAACAUGAGAGGGAGGUCAGGGAGUUGGAGGAGCAGAGAGACAAGAUGCUGCAGGAGGAGAGCCGGGGAACUGCUAAAGCGAUGGAGGCACUGAGAGCAGCUCACAGAGAGGAGCUGGAGAGGGAGGUGGAGAAGUCCAGGAGACUGUCUGGAGGAGCUGCACAUGUGGAUACUUCACACAGAGGGCACAUGCCUGAGGCAGACGCCUUGCACAGUGAGUUAGAUGGGCUGUCAGAACGCUACUCUCAGAAAUGCCUGGAGCUGAGCCGCACUGAGCAGAGCAGCAAGAGUCGAGAGACAGAGCUCGGCCACAAGGAGAGAGAGCUGGAGCAGCUCAGAAGAGAGAACCAGGAGCUUAAAGCCAAACUGGCGGAAGAGAUCAGCCGCAUGCGUUACUUCAUCACGGGACAGAGGACGGACAUGGUGUCUCUUGGCAGCACUGAGCGCACUGCGUCAGAAGUAGAGGUGCUGCUAAGAGCAAAAGAAAAUGAGGUGCAGUAUCUUAAAAAAGAAAUCAGCUGUCUGCAGAAUGAAGUGCAGUCUCUGAACAAGGAGAAAGAAGCAGCUUAUGAGCGUUAUAAGGAGGCCUAUGUAGAGCUGAACAACAUAAAGGGUCGCAGCCAGCUGGAGAUGGGCUCCCUCAAUGAACACUUGAGACUGGCCAACACUGCACUUCAGGAGAGAGCAAGACAGACCUGACCAAUGAGGACAGCUGUUUUAAAUUUACCUGUAAAAUCAAAGACAGCAAGCGAAUAUAAAAUGAAAAAAUUUAACAUCAUUACAUUAGAAUAACAAUAUGUGUUGUUAUGAUGGGAUUUGAGACAGAAUAAGAAUGAUGGCAACUAUUGUGUACUUGCAAACCACCAUGCAAAUGAAUUUGCAAUUUGAUAAACAAUUAAAUAACAACAAGUGUUUUCCACAUG